UCACAGUUUGCUGGGUGGUGGGUGAGCUUGAGCGUGAGCCGGGCUGCGGGAGACUUGAGAACAGUUGGGAGCGAGCGAGCGCGCGCCAGAGAGAGAGCGAGAGUGAGGGGAGUGAGUGAGAGAGGACCUAAAGGAGUCAGGGCGAGAAAGCGAGGGUCGGAGGACCCGCAGUUGAGACGGAGUGACCAUGGCUGUCUCUGCACCUCCGGUAAUCUCUGCAACUUCCAGCGCCGCCGGCGUCCCGGGGGGGUUGUUUCGGGCCGAACCCCUGUACUCGACUUCGGGAGAGCCCCCUCGUCUUACCCCUAGUAUGAUCAACAGUUUCAUGGCCAAUAACCACAGCGGCAGCGCAGUGGGUGGCGUGGUCGGUAGUGGCAGUGGCGGCAGCGGCAACACCAACACCAACGAAUGCCGGAUGGUCGACAUGCACGGGGUGAAGGUGGCUUCGUUCCUGAUGGACGGCCAGGAACUCAUCUGCCUGCCGCAAGUCUUUGAUCUUUUCCUCAAGCACCUGGUGGGAGGGCUGCACACGGUGUACACCAAGCUGAAGAGACUGGACAUAUCCCCCGUGGUGUGUACUGUGGAGCAGGUCCGGAUCCUGCGCGGGCUGGGGGCUAUCCAGCCAGGGGUGAAUCGCUGCAAGCUCAUCACCAGGAAAGACUUCGAAACUUUGUUCACCGAUUGCACCAAUGCCAGAAGGAAGAGGCAAAUGACAAGAAAACAAGCUGUUAACAGCUCAAGGCCUGGCAGGCCCCCUAAGCGUUCUUUGGGAGUGUUGCAGGACAAUGCCCGCCUUCUGCCCCAUGCAGUCCCCGGCCUCUUAUCACCAGGACUUAUCACUCCAACAGGUAUAACAGCUGCAGCAAUGGCUGAGGCAAUGAAGCUGCAGAAGAUGAAGCUUAUGGCUAUGAACACUCUUCAGGGAAAUGGAAGCCAAAAUGGGACUGAAUCUGAGCCUGAUGAUCUGAAUUCUAACACAGGUGGAAGUGAAUCUUCCUGGGAUAAAGAAAAGAUGCAGUCUCCUCUUGCUGCUCCUGGAACCCAGCAUGGAAUUGCACAUGCAACUCUGGCUGGUCAGCCAGGCCUUGGGGGUGCUCCUACCCUCAAUCCACUGCAGCAGAACCACCUGCUAACCAAUAGACUGGAUCUGCCAUUUAUGAUGAUGCCUCAUCCCCUACUUCCAGUCAGCUUACCUCCUGCAUCAGUUGCCAUGGCAAUGAAUCAGAUGAACCAUCUCAAUACUAUUGCCAACAUGGCUGCUGCAGCCCAGAUUCACAGUCCACUUUCCAGAGCUGGUGCCUCUGUUAUAAAGGAACGGAUCCCAGAGAGUCCUUCUCCUGAUCCCUCUCUGGAAGAGAGUCAUCGCCCUGGGAGCCAGACAUCCUCCCACGCCAGUAGCAGUGUAUCCAGUUCUCCCUCUCAGAUGGAUCAUCAUUCAGAGAGAAUGGUUAUGAUGCCCAGCAAUAGAGAGGAACUUAUCGUUGAUCAGGAUAAUGGACCAACUAUCAAAAAAUUUCAAAGGGAUAAUAAAGAAGAGGUACCAGUUCAAAUCCCAAUGAUGAAGUCACCUUUGGACAAGAUCCAACUCACUCCUGGGCAGGCAUUGCCCCCUGGAUUCCCUGGACCAUUCAUUUUUGCUGAUAGUCUGUCCUCCGUGGAGACUCUGUUGACCAACAUUCAGGUCAACAAUAUUUCUAUAAACAAAAUAAAUGGUCUACUGAAAGUGGCUUUGGAUAAUGCUCGUAUCCAGGAGAAGCAGAUUCAACAAGAAAAGAAGGAACUGCGAAUAGAACUCUAUAGAGAGAGAGAAAUUAGAGAAAACCUUGAAAGACAACUUGCAGUUGAGCUUCAAAGCAGAACUACCAUGCAAAAGCGUCUGAAGAAGGAGAAAAAAGCCAAGAGAAAACUGCAGGAAGCCUUGGAAUUUGAAUCUAAGCGCAGGGAGCAAGUAGAGCAGGCACUUAAACAAGCCACUACUAGUGACAACGGCCUGAGGAUGUUGAAAGAUACUGGAAUUCCAGAUAUUGAAAUUGAAAACAAUGGUACCCCUCAUGAUAGUGCUGCUAUGCAAGCCUGAACACUGAUGCCGGAACUCCAACUGAUCAUAGGCACGAAUAGGGUGCUGUAGCAGUUACCUGCUUAUCUAGUGUUGUAAUUCUUUAGAAUUCAUACUUAAAUUCUUAAACUAUGGAACCUUCAAUUACUAUUUGUUCAUUACUGAUAAAUAGAACCUUGCACGUACAGGGAAAAUGUGCUAGAGAAUGGACUUCACAAAUUUUUAGGGGUUAAUCAUAAUGAUGGCUGAACAUGAUACUUUACACUUCUUUAACCCCUUUCUUUCAUAGUGUUUCACAAACAUUAUCACAUUAAUCCACACAGCAUCCUAGUGGGGUAAGUAGGAGGAAGACAUGUUAAGAUUUCUAAAUGCCCAUAGAGAGAAAUUAAAAUGCCGGCACAACCACUUUAAGCUGUGGUUGCUAUGAAGUAGCUUUAUAUUUGUCUGACCUGGAGUUUAACAGCAAUUAUAUCAGGAGGUAAUUCAUUUGUGUGAAUGAUCAAUAUUUGUUAUCACUGCUUUUGAGCUCACCUCUCUAAAGGAAACACUUUGCCUGUAAUGUUCUCUAUGGAAAUAUAGGCAGCUCUAGUUUCUAGAUUAUACCACAUCUAGUUUUCUCCUUGAACUAUUGAUGGUGGAGCAAGUAGGUUAACCCCUUUCUACUAGCACAUUUCCAUACCUGUAAGAAGACAAUGCCAAAAGCAGAUAUCUAAGGUACUUAAAAUUUUAUUCUCUUCUCCCUUUCCCUGACUUGUUUCCUGUUUAUUAACCUAUCAGCAAGCAAAAGAGUGAAAAAUCUAGAGAUAUAAGGAGGGAGAAAGACAUCUGGGAAUUUUUCACUGUUCACCCUCUGGACUAGACCUGGCUAACUGCCUAACAUGGUCAAGCAAUUAGGACCAAGUGGGUCAUUUCACUUGCACUGCCUAGGAAAUGGCUUCGAAUGUGUUCAAAUGUUUACCUAAUAAAGACCUAGCCAUAGGCUGAUGGCAGAACCUGUCGUCAUCAUUUUCAUGCCACCUAAGAAUUCAAUAGAGCAGUAUGCUAGUGUGCUAAGUGGUACUCUAAUGAUCAGAAAGAUUUAAUGCUCCUGCUAAAAUGUCCACCUCUUACAAACCAAAACCUAAUCCAUGUAUUAUAUUUGCAUCUCCCCUGGAAUUAAAUUCCAAUGUGACAAAACACUUCACUUGUCUUAUGCAAAAGGUCAAGGGAGUUUUUAUCCACCAUCAGAUAAUCAGUACCCUAUGGUAGAACAUUCAAUUCCUGAUGGAAUGGCCACUGAGUUUACACACUUUUUAAAUAUUACAUUAGUUCAUAUCAGUGUGACAUUUCAGUCAUUUACGCUCUGAAGGAAUUUCUUCUAAGGCACAGUUGGCUUCCAGUGCUUUCCAUGGACUCUAGAAGGUCUGCUUAUGUAGAAUAGGUGUGCUGGUUUAGCUCAAUUUGAUGAAAUGACGCCAAAUAAGAAAUGGUUGAGGAGAAGGACUGAGGCAAGUCAAAUCAAAAAUUUUACUAAUAUCAAAUAUUGAACUGAAUAGCAAUGAAGUUUGACUAAAAAUAUAACAUCUAAAAUGUCUCCUCAUUAUAUAGUCAAACAGCAUAUAUUAAAUGAUGGAGAAACUGAACAACAUUUUCAGAUGAACUCACUUAAAAAGAAAUUAGUGUGUUUACAAAUAGAUAUGAUUGACUUACUUUGAUUGAACUUUAUGGGGUCUUCAUGAGUUUUCUUCUGAUCUUUUCUCAUAUAUCUGCCUUCUUUAUAACACAUGAUUCCUAGCUAUUAUGAUUCAUAAGGUUCAGAUAGACCACAGAAGGCAAGCCUCACACUUAAUGGAGUUUGAAGCAGCCAGUUGUAGCCCUUGUAAGAUAAGUCUGUUGAUGAACAGAGGGUCUCCUGUGUGGAAGGGGUCACGUCAGCCUUCUGUUCCAUAGUACAUGCCCAUGUCAGUCAGUGUUGUGUAAAGGGAAUGACCACAUGGGUCUGUAUUUUUACUUAAGAAAUGAUGAUAGAUAUCUAUAGAUAUCUAUCUAUAUAGAUAUACCAAAUUCCCACUUUACUCAUCUGAUAAAUGUUAAAGCAAUAAAUUCUAUCAGUUCUCCCCAAAUGUCAGACUGUGUCCCUCCUUGUAAGUUCCCAAGAUCCCUGACAUUCCUCCAGAGCAGCUUUGUUCCUUGCUCUUCCUGAUCUUUAAUCAUGUUUACAUCCAGAAUGCAUAUGAAAUCAUCUCUGUUUGGAGCUCAAGUACAAACACUCUUAAAAACAUGAAACAUUCAAUUACUAAUUAGCUGUUUCCUGUUCCUAAUGAAGUUAGCACACCAAGUAUGGAUUAAAAUUCAGCUACUGCUCCCCUCUGUUUAUGGUUCCAGAUGUUUUUGUUUUAUCUAGGAGUUUACUUUGACAGCUACAACUAAAUGAUAAAUCACUCAUAUUAUAGCUGAAAUGCAUUUUGAAAUUGAAAUGUGGCAAACUUUGAGAUCACUUCCCUGACCAGUGUCAGUUAGCAGGUCAAUACUGGUUCCUUCCUUAUGAUUGUUCAGCAUUGGCGUAGGUAAAGCACUAUUGGAGUAUGUGUCAACAUUAUACAGCAUACUAUACAGGCGUUUAAUUUGCUACUAUCCUCGAAAUUCGGAGAAAAAAUUUUACUACUCUGAAAUCUCAAAUUAUUGUAUUCUAGCUACAAAACUUGACUCAAUUAAUACUGUCUUCUUCUUGCUAGUCUAGUUUUUCUUUGGCUGUCCGAGCUGCUGUGGAAACUGUCCCUCAUAGGCCUUGUAAGCAGGCACAAUUAUUGAAGGGUGUAGGCCGAUGUUUGUCUCUUAAUAAAGACAAGAAUUAUACAUAAUAAAAGAGGGAAUUUUUUCGGAAUCUACAUUUUUCUAAAGGAUAAACAUCCUUUGCCAUUCAUUACUGUGUUUCUGUACAAUUUUAAGGGGGUAUUCUUUGUUUUGUUAUUGCUUUCAAGUUUGUAAAGUUCACAGUUUGUAUUGCAUGAUUUAAGCUUUAGCUAUAUUGUAUAAAUUUCAAUCCUGGUAAAAUGGUUAUUUGUCAUUUGAUGUUAAGGGCUUUCCUUUGACAUUUAGACUGUGUAUACAAAUGAUAAGGUAGACUGCAGAACUGAGCUACUACCUGGUCAAUUUCAUCAGAGUAGAUAUUCCAAGACUCCACAAAGGAGUCUGAGAAAUUCUCUAGGGUGACAGAUUAUCAGACACUUGCUAAGAACUCAAGUUCUGUUUUCUUUUGGUCCCUAGAAAACCUCAGGUGAAUUCCAUGGGCUCCUUGGCAAACUGUCUGGUUGACAUCUAUUGAAAUCUGGCCAUCCAGCUAGUCUAACACUGACCUAAACUCUUUCACUCUUCUAUCAACCUUAUUACCUCUUAAUUUUUGGUUAUGAGAUAUUAUUCAGAAAGUUCCACUGACUCUCCAUGAUUCCUUCUAUCCAGAAAGAACAAGCAUUUAAAAAUAUUCACAAAGUUAAAAAGGUAUAUACUUUCCUUCUGACAAUGCUAAGCUUUGGCUAAACUGAGCUAAUAUUUUAGUUUAGCAUAUCAGUCCUCCAAAGAUAAUGUACUCUCUCCUUUAUAUAUAAAGAUAAUUGAAUCACAACCAUGAUCUUUAAGUGUACCUCAAGCACAGGUGAUGGAUUUGGAAUGAGUCAUCCAUACUUUAUUUCCUACUUUUACUUUUAUAAGCAAAGGCCGAUUUUGCGAUGCAGCUAGAUACAAAGCCAGGUCAUCAACUCUUGGUAUGACAAAGAGCAAUUUUAGACAAAGAGAGAUAAAAUUGUUUUUUUUAAAAAAGCUUUCCAACUAUAACUUUUACCCAUACCAAUCUAAUAAAAUUGGCUUGGAUUCUUUUAAUUACCAACAUUCAAAUGGAUACUGGUUUAAUCAAUUACCAUGGUUGAAAUGAUAGUCUGAGCUAGUCUCCCUUCAUGCAGUAUACACAGUCUCAAAGUUAACCUGGGGAUAGGAAGUUCUAAAUGUAUAAAGCUUUCAUUAUCUUAGAUCACAAUCAGAUACCCUUUUCCCCCUAAUUUGGUGAACCAUAGGGAAUUCAAAUGUGCCAUUAUGUACAAAAGGAAACUGUAAUAUAGAUCCCUAUAGACAUUGCAACAUAGUUCAGGAAAAGAGUAUCCAUCUUCAAUAUCUUCAGUGCUGGAGAAAGAACAGAAGCUGUGGCAUGAAACUUGAAGGAUCUUUGAAAACUGACACAUUGAUGUAUCGAAAUGUUGAGAAAUGUUAAAUUUUAUCAAUACAAAAUCAAGCCUGUUACAUCAGAUCAUUUUAGGUUCCUGAAGAUAGAAGAUUUAGUAUUUUAAGCACAUAUCACCAUUGUUCCUCAGAAGAACUAACUUGUUCUCUUUUUUUUAAAGGAGGUAACUAUUACUGUUUAGCAAUGGCACAACAGUUUUAUUCGGCCUGAAAGGUCCUCGCUGGCUUUACAUAAAUGAAGAUGCUUGUGAAUCCAGUUUAUCUCUGAAACUAUUCAACAUGAAGUUAUUUCAAUUGUCUUGAUCAGCAAAGCUUUGUUUACUGAAGCAGCUAUUUAAUCUAUGUUAUGUUUUUAAAAGGAACAUGUGUAUACUUUAAAAGCAAUGAUGUAAACUUUGUCCUCACAUUAGAUUGACCAAUUUAAAAAUAUGAGCUAAAUCUUAAUGGCAAAAGUAACUUGACCAUAUUUGAUGCUUUUCUAUGCUCAUUUAAGCUUGGCUUUUUGUCUUUUAGGGGAAAAAAUCAGUAGUGUGUUAGAGACUAGAAACUUAUAUGUAUGGUUUUUCCUGUUUUACCAUAUAUUAAGUUAAAGUAUACCUUUGUUUAAAAUGUACUUGCUAAACUUCAGUAUAAAUAAAAGCAUUUUGACUUUG